GAUGAGGUCUCGGACCUUCAAAACUGAAGUCUCCAAGCUGUAUUGGAGCCGGUAUCUAAGCAGAAAGGGCGAAGCUGCACUAGCCAAUUUCCUGAUUAAUAAGUCACGGAUUGUCCCCUUCGUGUAUAGUCGUCAUGUUAGUUAUGUUGAAUUCGCCAGAUUGAAGAAACGACAGCCCAUCUACAUCAACCUCAUUCGGAAUCCUGUGGAUCGCUUUGUUUCGCUGUUUCAUUUUCUGCGCUCAAAUCGACGUAAAUUGAAGAACUCGACGGACACGGCAUGGCUGAAGAAGAAUCUGACAGAAUGUGUCCUGAGUGGCGACGCCGAAUGUGCCAUGUCACAGGAGUACAGUCACCGACGGUCGGGUCAGAACCCAGAGUUCUUCCAGCCAAUGACCGCGUUCUUCUGCGGCCACGAGCCAUUCUGCAGGAGGUUCAACAGCAGGCCAGCUCUGCAGAAGGCCCUUCAGAACCUGGAGCUUAGAUACUCCGUGGUUGGCGUGUUGGAAACAUUUAGAAAAUCCCUAAGUGUCUUUGAGGCCUUUGUUCCAGAAUAUUUUAAGAAUAUUGGAAAGCUUUACGAUAAAGCACGAAAUAAGAAGGUGAACCAGAACCCGACUCACGCCCAGCCUCCAGCAGCGGUGAAGGACAUCCUGGCCAGACGUAUGACGUCCGACAUAGAGCUGUAUAUGUUCGCCAAACAGCGGCUGCAUCUGCAGUUCAAACGGAUCUGGCCCCGGCCACAGCGACGACUGGCCAGUUCAACGGCUGUGUGA